CUCAACCCCCGCAAGCACAAUUAGACUUCCAUUCUCCGGUUCAUCUCCCACGAUGCCUCCAGUGUGAUAAUGGACUCGGCCAAGUGGGUCCACUAUCUCCCGGUUAACUUCCAACAUACCUAGUCCUCUGGGAGCAUGUUGUAUUGGGUGGCCGGGGCGACGGCGGUGGUGGUCUUGGUCAUAAGGCUCGUCUACAGGUACCAGUCCGGACGAUGUUCCUCCCACAGGAAACUGGUGGGCAAGACGGUCAUUGUCACCGGAGCUUCUGCUGGCAUCGGGAAGGAGGCGGCGCGAGACUUGGCCCGACGAGGAGCUCGGGUCAUCCUCGCCUGCAGGAACAUCAACAAAGCACAAAAGGUUGCAGAUGACAUCAUGAGGACUACAGGGAACAGGAAGGUGGUAGUACGUAAGCUGGACACGUCCGACCUGGCCUCCGUCAGGAGGUUUGCGCGAGGCAUCCUUGCUACAGAAACUGCUCUCCAUGUCCUGGUGAAUAAUGCAGGAAUAUAUGGCAUGUCGGAGAAGAAACUGACAGCAGAUGGUCUGGAGCUGACAAUGGCCACCAACCAUUUUGGACACUUCCUUCUCACCAAUAUGCUGCUGGGGCUGCUGAAGGCUAGUGCUCCGAGCCGGGUCGUCAAUGUUUCGUCCAUGUUACAUAGGCUUUACACAUCGCUUGAUCCAGAUGACCUUAACUAUGAGAAGAAACCAUACCCCGGCGCCAACAGCGCUUACAGCAACAGCAAGCUGGCUAAUGUCCUCUUCACAAGGGAACUUUCUCGGAAGAUCCGUAGCACAGGUGUGACGUCGAACAGUGUGCACCCAGGAGUGGUGCUGACGGAUAUCAUGUUUAAGGAGGGAGCCAACAAGAUCUUGGGCUACGUUUGUGCUUGUAUCAUCUGGCUCCUAGCUAAAGAUGCUGAACUUGGUGCCCAGACGUUGAUCUACCUGGCGGUGUCGGAAGACGUAAAUGGUAUUAGCGGAAAGUACUUCGUUGACUGUCAAGAAAGCAACACCUCCGACUUGGCUAAGGACUCUGGGUUGGCUAAGAAGCUGUGGGAAGUUAGUGAGCAGUUAGUUAAGCUGAGACCCGAGGAGAGACACUACUAGCCACCUGCCGUUACCUGGACCUCAGGAGAGACUACUGGCUGUUUACUACCACCUGGACAUGAGGCAAGAUAUUACUAGCUAUCUACCAUUACCUUCACCUGAGGACACUACCAGCCUCCUACCAUUAUUUGAGCCCGAGGACACUACCAGCCACCUACCAUUACAGCACCUGGACCCGAGGAGGGAGCCUACUGGCUGUCUACUACCACCUGGACAUGAGGGCAGACAUUAUUAGCCACCUACCAUCAUUUGGCCAUCUCUAGAAACUACCAGUUACACAAUUAUUGGUUAUGUUCCAAGAGUAGUUAAUAUGACCACCAUUUUUAAAGUCUUAUGAAAACUUAAGUUCACACCAUUUAAUUUUUUGCUGGUGCUGUUUGUGGAGAUUAACAAAACAAUUUCAUCAAGAAUACAGUACAAAUAAAACUAAUUUACUCAA